GUUAUACGGUUCCAUGACUCUAUAUUUGGACACAUGUCCAAGUUGGCCCAUCCUCUCUUGCAUCUAGUUGAGGUGCCGAAACACGACUGCCAUUAGCUGUAACAAAGAAUUAGUCAUCCAAAUGUUGCAGUGUGAUGAUCACACUUCCAUUACCAAUAUUAGAUGAUUCAUGUGGCAAGCAGUGUGUCAGCAAUAAGAAUUUGAUUUCAUAAACAACAUUCAACUAUGCACUCACAGUCUGAUAGUAAAAUUGCUCAUUUUGCAUCCUGGAAUUGUGAUCUGUGAGAAAAAAAAGAUUAUCGCAGUGGUAACUGAAGGAAUUUAUUCACACUGAAGAUAAUUGCUCAUGCUACCUUGUCAAGAUUCACAGUUAAAUUUGUUCACGAGUAAUCAAGAUUCAAGAGUGUUUUAUUGUCAUGUGUCUCAGAUAGGACAAUGAAAUUGUUACUUGCAGCAGCACAACAGAAUAUGUAAACAUAGUACACUGUAAGCAAUACAAUAAAAGUAGUCUCUUCUAACCCAUCAUUCACAGAAUCAAGCCAACACCAUAGCAUGAAGCAUAUGAUAAUCCGAAGGCCCAUCACAGUAAAUCAACAGAAAUUCACAACUCAAAUUGUUGGUACAUUGAGAUUAAAGAUCAGCCACGAUCUCAUUGAAUGGCGGAGUACACUGAGUGAGCAAAUGGACAAUGCACGAUUACAUUUUUAAACAUCAACUCAUUCUCAGCAAUUAAGCAUUGAGUUAUGACAGUAUUUGUAGUCCUGUGGCCCUAAUUAGAAAAUGCUCUGAAUAUUUUACAUGCAUAUGCAGAAAGCCAUAACAUAUAAAUAUUACAUGUUUUUAUGGUCCUAUUUCUCACAUUUCCUUACAACGUAAAAUGAGGCUAUUCUAGUCUAUGCCAACUCACGUUUCAUUUCUAUUCAACCUACAAAAAAAAUUGCAGGAAGAACUCAGCAAACCAGUCAGCAUCUGUGGAGGGAAAUAGACAGGUGACAGUUCAGGUUGUGACUGAUUCGAGGUCUGAUAUUUCGAUUUGUUGUUGGUCGUUUCCAGCAUCUGCAGUAAAUGUGCAAUUCCUAUACCUGCUUAUUACCCUGCAGCCCAUUGCCUCUCACCAACUCCAAUCUGAAUUAUAGCAGAAAUAAUUUACAGAGGCCAAUUAACCACCCAACCAACCAUGAUCUUGUUAAAAUGACCCUGAACGAGUCAAAGAUACACAAAGGUACACAAAAAAGCUGGAGAAACUCAGCGGGUGCAGCAGCAUCUAUGGAGCGAAGGAAAUAGGCAACGUCAUGCCAUGCCUACCCUGAACGAGUCAAUGUGGCUCCUAAUUUUUAAAACAGAUAUAUAUAUACAUACAAUUCUUCUUUCUUAUGCUCUUUAAUAAUUUCGGGAUUGAUUAUUCGUUUGCUUGAAUUCUUUCAAAAAGAUUUUACUGCUGAGGCUUCCAAGGCUUCGCAAAAAAACAAAAAAGGGUAGGGAAUGGUGGGUCGGCUGAUCAAUGUGGUGUCUGCGCUACAGUCCAUGUGAUGCCCGGCCGGCCGCGGCGUGCCGGCGCUCUGCAGUGUGACGGUGCCGGGGCCGGCGCUCAGUCGCGGGGAGACCGAGUGCUCAGCGGACGAGCCGCCGCCACCACCACCACCACCAGCAGCAGCACCAGCACCAGCAGCAGCACCAGCGCCGCGAAAUUGGAGAGAAACUGCGCCCGCCCGCCCGGAGAAGAUGGCGCCGUCGCGGUCCCGCACCCUGAAGAGGUGCCAGCGGGUCUUGUACUGGGUGCCCGUCCUCUUCAUCGGGCUCAUCGCCUGCUGGUCCUACUACGCCUAUGUCGUCCAGCUGUGCGUGGUAUCAAUGAAAAAUAUUGGAGAAAAAGUUGUCUGUCUAGUAUUCUACCAUCUGCUUUUCAUCAUGUUUGUGUGGUCAUACUGGAAAACCAUCUUUACAAAACCAAUGAAUCCGACUAAAGAGUUCCACCUUUCAUACACAGACCGGGAACAAAUAGAACGUGGGGAUAGGAGUGAAAGUCAGCAGGAAGUCUUCAGACGAAUGGCCAAGGAAUUGCCCAUCUACACAAGAACCUUAUCUGGAGCAAUUCGAUACUGCGAUAGAUGUCAACUUGUGAAGCCAGAUCGCUGUCAUCACUGCUCGGUUUGUGACAAAUGCAUUUUGAAGAUGGACCAUCACUGUCCCUGGGUGAACAACUGCGUUGGUUUCUCCAACUACAAGUUCUUCCUUUUCUUGGCUUACUCACUGCUUUACUGUGCAUUUAUCGUGGCUACUGAUCUGCAGUAUUUUAUCAAGUUUUGGAUGAAUGGUUUGCCAGAUACCCAAGCAAAGUUCCACAUCAUGUUCCUGUUCUUUGCAGCUGCAAUGUUUUCCAUCAGCCUGUCCUCUUUGUUUGGCUAUCACUGCUGGUUAGUCAGUAAAAACAGGUCUACAUUGGAGGCCUUCAGAGCACCUGUAUUUCGACAAGGACCAGACAAGAAUGGGUUUAGCUUGGGCUGCAGCAAGAAUAUGAAGCAGAUAUUUGGCGAUGAGAAGAAGUACUGGUUGCUGCCUGUCUUUACAAGCUUGGGCGAUGGUUGUUCCUUCCCAACAUGUUUAGUGAAUCAGGACCCAGAGCAACCCACGACUCCAUCUGGGCACAACUCAACUGCUAAAAAUGUUACUGAAGGCCAUCCUUUUCUUGCCAAGCCUUUACGAGAGUCCCAGAACCAUCUAUUGGGUAGCAACCAGACAUGGUCAGAUGGAACUUAUGACGAUGGAAAAGGCAAGCAUGGUAUGAACAAUCCUGUCAUGGUCAUGGAAAAUGAGACCUAGCACCCCCUGAAACACACUUAACUGUGGCAGCUGUGCAGCUGCUUAUGGAAGAAAUCUAGGAAGAAAUGUUGUCCACGAUCCCAACCUUCACCUACCUACUAUUCCUAUUAGAUGUCUGUGCCUCCGUGGGAUGUCCAAUGGAAAUAACCCUGUGAUUGACUGGUUUUUCUAUUAUCACAGCUUAACACAUACAACGUAUUGGUUCAGCCACCCUUAAAUGUACGAUGGGGGAUAUAAUUCUAUUCUGAAUGCAUUUGCUUAACAAAACACGCUAAACCUUUAUAGCAGCUUGGCAUUGCAGCAAUUAUGAGAUCACUGAGGAAAACAUGGUCUCUUGCCCUUUGAAACAGUGCUGAAACAAUACUGUUUUUAUUACUGCUCCUGCCAUAGUAAUGCCAUGAUUUCCACAUCAAAUCAUAUGACAUGCGCAAGGACUGACGCACAUUCUCUGAGAGCAGUACAUGUGAUAGUAUUUUCUGUUAAAUAGGAAUGACCUUUUAACAGACAGUUAAGGAUUUCAUAAGAAGAACACAUUUUUAUCAACAUUUUAGGGGGUGGCUUACAAAGCAAAAACAAAUGACAUAUCAUGAAUAUGCCUUUCAUUAAUGCACUGGGGACUUAUUUUGAUUUUGAUUUUGCUAUGAUAAGGGGUGAGAAGUGUAUAUGAUAUUGGUUUUAGAAUAUCUAAACCAUAUGUUUUGCAAUUUUGCUGAAAGCAAAUUGCAGAAGUAGUUGGUUUUCUGGCCAAAGAAAUGCUGAAUGAAAAUAUUUUAAAUGGUUUUUCAGACGGGCGGUAUUCUGUACUGUGUUGUUUCUAAUGGUAGGUUUUGCAUGCUGCAACUGUGGCAUUCAAUCCUUUUUAAUUUAUUUUAACAGACACGAGAAAUGACCUUGUUGCCAGUUUUUGGCGUCCAGUUUUCCCUUACAAAUGUUAAGUCAGCAUGACAAUUUCAUUGUGCGUGUUGUUAUAAAAUGGAAUGAUAUGAAUAGUGUAACAGUUUCACAAUAUUUACACAUCAUAAGAGAUACAUGACAAAGUGCCAUCAGCACAAUCGAUACAAAGGGACUUGAAAUACAGAAAACAUGCUGAAGUGGAAGGAGAAAAAAAAGCACAAAAUUGCCCCUUCAUAGUGCCUUCAUUGAAAGUUGGACCCAACGCUGUAAUCUAUUUGAAAUUAAUGAUCAAGACAUUUUCAAAACCAAAUUUUAGUGUGGCUCAAGCCAAUGGAAUUAGUAUUAUUUUUAUUUCUGUAAUCAAUUCGUAGAGAAAAAUAUAUAUUCUGGGGAGAGAGGUUUCCCCUAUGCAAUGAAAAGUGAAGUAGUCUUCAUUAAUAUUAGUUAUUAUGUGCAUUUAAUUUUCUGACUGCUGCUUUGAAACAUGAGUAAAUCCUCUUUGGCCUCCUCUUAAACAAGUUAAUAAAUAAAGUAUUUAAUUAGGCACCAGUCUUUUAUAACACACAUCGGAUAAUGUAAACUAAGAACAAUUUUGAAGGCUGUAAAAUUCUAGGGUUGUAAUUUAAAAAAAAAACAAGUAUAUCUGUGGAAAGGGGAACUAAUUAUAGUGGCCUUAGAACAAAUUAGUUUUCUAGUUGUGAUUUCUACCAAGGCAUUUUAAAAAACUGCGUUAUUUCUGUGGAAUAUAUUCAGGGGUAUUUUGAUUACAUUGCUGGGACAAGUGCUUUAAAACAAAUGGGAAAAAUAAAUAAUUUGCAUUAAGAAGAAAGUCAGUGGCUUAAAGGGGCUGUCCCACUGCGGCAACCUAAUUGGCGAGUUUAGGAGAGUUUGAAAAAUUGUCAUGUUGAAGACUUCCUUCAACUAUGUAGAAGACCUCCUUCGACUAUGUUGAAGACUAGCUUCGACUAGCUUUGGGAAAAUUGGACACCGAAUAGUGGAGAGUGAAGACGACAUCCUUCGAUCUCCCUUCGACUAUGUUGAACACUAUGUACGACUACCUUCGAUUGCCUUCGACUACCCUCGAUUACCUACGAAUAACAUGCCGACCUACUUCGACUAAACCUACGAGUAAAAAAAGUAUCGAUUUUUUCCACGGCGACCUUUUUUUUACUCGAGGGCAUUUUUUCAGCAUGUUGAAAAAUACGCCGCGACCUAGCUGAGGCCUCAUGUAUGCGGGGACUACUCUCGAGCAUGAAGGAGAGUUAUAAAGACCUCCUAGGACCUCGUGUCAAUCAUGCUGCGAGCAUGAAUCAAAGGGCAAACUCGCCAGAGCUCACGGAUUAGGUCGCCGCAGUGGGACAGCCCCUUUAAUGACUUAAAGCAAAAGCAAACUACUGUGGAUUCUGGAAAUCUGAACAAUUAGCAUGUUAAUCCUGUUAUUUCUUUGAAAAUGUACUCAGUGAAGGUGUAUAUAGAUCCAGAGAAAAUCCAGUAAUGGUAGCUACAUGACACACAAAUCAAAUUAAGAGUGAAAUUAAUUAAUCCUAGCAUUAAACAUUGAAGAAUACCCCUAUUCCAAAAGGCUUGCAUGUGCAUUGUCAAAAUGUUGCUUCAUAAGUGACCGGCCAAAUCUACACCACACAAUCUACAACACACACAGCGGUAGAGUUGCUGCCUUACAGUGCCAGUAGACCCGGGUUCGAUCCUGACUCCAGUCUGUGCGGAGCUUGUACGUUAUCCCCGUGAUCGGAUGGAUUUUCUCCAAGUUCUUCGGUUUCCUCCCACAUUCCAAAGAUGUACAGGUUUGUAGGUUAAUUGGCUUGGUAUAAGUGUAAAUUGUCCCUAGUGUGUGUGGCAUAGUGUUGGUGCGUGGGGAUUGCUGGUCGGUGUGGACUUGGUGAGCUUGAGGGCCUGCUUCCGCGCUGUACCGCUAAACUAAAUUUGGCAGUGAAGUCGUAAAUGUUACAACUUUAAAUAUAUGAUUUAAUCAUUCCCCUUUAUCACCGGAAAAUUAACUGAAAAAAUAAUUUUAAUAAACUCUACUUUAAUGAUUACUAGACCAAGUGCAGACCCGUUGGGUCUGCUCCCCCAAUGGUGUGAUCCCCCAACCCAAUAUUCCACCAUGCACCCGUCUCCUCCAAAGGAACUGAACCCGUUCCCAAAUGUAAGAUUCCAGCACUCCCCUGCCUCCCUCAGCAGUGGAUUUUAAAAAAAUUCCAAUUUCACCUCCCCUGCCUGCUGCAGCAGUUCCAAUUGCAAUACCAAUUGGCCCUCCCCCUCCUGUUGAAGCACUUGCUGUGAUAUCCCAUUGAGGUGAAAAGUUCAGAGUGUUCCUGUCUUGCAACUUUGUUUUGAAGUGUGUUGGAAGCUGAAAGGAAGGAGCAGCAAAUCAAAAGGAAGAAAGGCAGCCGGCAGCCGGACGGACGGACGGCAGGCGGCAGCCACAGACUUUUAUAUAAUAACAGAUAGAUAGAUAAAUAUGAGGUUGUUUGAAACCUUUAGAUGUUUGGGAUAUGUCCUUUAAAUUUAAAAUUCCCAUUGUUGCUUUUACAGGUCAUUAAGUUGGUCAAAUGCCUUGGAAUCUAUAUCACUUUUCUAAAGCAUUGGUUUUGAAAAUUGUGAGCAUCUAAACUUGGGAACAUUCCCUGCAUUCCAUAAUGAAUAAAUAAUAAUGUACCUCUGUCCACAUUAAUAUUUUGUGAGGAGGAUCCCGCCCAAAAUGAGAGAACCAAGUUUGGGUCCCAUCUUCCAUCAUAAUGCCUCCCAUGCAAGUGAGGUGGGAGAUGGUAAAUUGGAAUUGACGACAGGCAAGGGUCAGAAGCCAGAGAUGACCAUCACACCUUGGGAUGGUUGUACAUGUGACGAUUGAGGUUAUUUAAUUGGACUGAGGAUUGGGCCUGGGGGAUCAAUGUUUGUUUGGGACAGAAGAGAUCGGGCCACAUUUUUUUAUGCUGUGCCAAGGAAAGCAGUUGCUCUGUUCAAUUCCACAAUUGGAUAAUUAAAAGAAUAAUCCUUUCACCUGAUAGCCUCCAUGUUGUGCUUUGCAAUUUUAGAGCAUGGCAGGUAAAACACCAAUGCAUUCAAAAGUUGAUAACACAUCCUGCAAAAAGCAUAGAGUGCCUUUGGCUAGUUAUGUGCAUUUGCUUCCUUUCCAAUAUAUUGGGGGGCUUAGAUCUAGUUUCAAAUUACCAAUCAUUUUAUCAAACUAUAUAAAAUCUUAGAACCCUUCAUAUUUUUUUACUUCCUGGGGAAAGAUUGCACCAAUACACAAAUUAUCUGCUUCAGAGUACACCUAUAUUUUGAGCAUUCCAAAGUAGUCAUUUAGAGUUUAGUGUUUAGUUGAAGAGAAAGAUGUCAAUUGAACUGUGCAAUGCUGAGUCCUAUAAAUAGAAAUGUGAUAAUGCCCAGAUAAUAUGUUCAGAGUAUGUGAAUUGAGAGAUUAAUAUUGCCUUGGACUCAAGGAGAAUUUGUGUGCAUUUUGAAAAGAACAAUUGGAUCAUCUUUACCCACUAGAAGUCCCAGUUUAACAUUUCAAAGAUAGCAGUUGUAAAUGAUUACAUUUUCACGAUUACAAUGUGUGAGUCAACCAAGACUGGAGAUAUUGAGGUUUAAAUUCAAGGCAGGAGUUACUCAAUUACGUGUGAACUGGUAAUGCUUUAGUUUUACAUUCUUCUAUUGACACUGAUUAAAUGUGAGAGAAAUAUUGCUUUAAGAAGCUAUUGAAGAACGAGAGCCCUCAUAAGUGACAUUUCCCACCAGCCGCAGUUUUUUUUUAGGCUGAUUAUUUUCAGAUUGACAGAUCCUUUUCCAUUUCCCAAAAGCAGAAAUAAAAUGCCAUCACUGUGCAAAUCAGGACCCCAAAGUUUGUUUUUGUACUUUGCUCCAAAUUAUUCAUAAACUGUACACAACUCAGCAGUGAAUGGAAUUUGGGAACAUUCCCUGCAUUCCAUAAUGGAAUAAGUGAAAUUUUCCAUAAAAUACACCCAUGAAUUUUGUUUCCACAAAGCCAGAAAGAGGUGCAUUAUCACUGGUCCAGACUAACUCUGCAGUUUGCAUCUCCUCCUGACAGUAACGUAUCCACAGCUGGAAUCAGUACAGAAAUAGAUGAGAUGCCCUGAGUCACAACUAUUUGGUAUGUGCUGGUUUUUGUAUACUUUAGAUGUGACUACCUGACAUUGUACCUAUCUUGUUCUUAGUGCUUCAUAAAUACUUUACUUAAUUACUUUGGAGGUGCACUGCCCUAAACCCUCCCACAGCAAAUAAACAUCUUAUACACAAUUUAUACAGUCAGUUCCUACACAGAGCCAAUGUAAAUAAAAAUCUAGUUUUAUUUUAGAGAUUCACGGUGCAAUAUUAGCUAAGAUACAAAAAACUCCACGAUUAUGAUUUAAUGCCCCGAGGCGUUUGUAACAACCUGCCUGCUUAGUUUAACAUCCCAUUCAGAGAUGGUCUGCUAGUACAGCAAUUUCUCACUACAUUGAAGUACCAAGAUCACUGGAGCAGAUCCUCUAAAGAAGUGAAAAUGGUUACGUUUGAAGCGGGAUCACUUUAAAAGAAUAAAAUAAAAAAUUGUAAACUGUUUAUAUUUGUUACUGUUGUGUGAGGUUGUUUUCGAUUUAUGGUUCAAUGAAUAUACACCUCUCGUUUCAGCCAAUCAAGAAAGUGAGAGUGGACAUAGAAUAAGAGCAGGCAGGAUUGGCACAAAUUGACAAGAAAGCAGAUAGCCAUGCAGCACAGAAAGAGGCCCAUUGCCCCACCACAUCCAUGCUGACCGGUAAGGACUCGUAUUAGCCAAUCCAUUUUAUUUACCCUGGUUCACAGGCCUCUGAGAUUUAAAUGUUCAUCAAGGUAUUUGAAAUAAUUGGUACAAUUUAAUCAAAUAUUGGAAUGGGCAUAGCCGUGUACAGUUCUGGUUUGCAUACUAUUGGAAAGACGUCAGUACAUUGGGAGAACGUACAAAGGAAAUUCACCAGGGUGUUUGUCAUAGAGUGAUACACCGUGGAUACAGGCCCUUCAGCCCAACUUGCCCACAACAGCCAACAUGUCCCAGCUGCACUGAUCCCACCUGCCCACCUUUAGUCCAUAGCCCUCCAAACCUGUCCUAUCCAUGGACCCGUCGAGCUGUUUCUUAAAUGUUGGGAUAGUCCCUGCCUCGACAACUUCCUCUGGUAGCUUGUUCCAUACACCCACCACCCUUUGUGUGAAAAAGCUACCCCUCAGAUUCCUGUUAAAUCUUUUUCCCUUCACCUUCAACCUAUGCCCUCUGGUCCUCGAUUCACCUACUCUUGGCAAGAGACUCUGUGCAUUUACCCAAUCUAUUCCUCUCAUGAUUUUGUACACCUCUAAGACCCCUCAUUCUCUUGCGCUCCAAGUAAGAGUCCCAGAUUACUCAAUCUCUCCCUAUAGCUUAGACUCUCUAGUCCUGGCAAUAUCCUCGUAAAUCUUCUAUGUACCUUUUCCAGCUUGGCAACAUCUUUCGUAUAACAUGAUGCCCAUAAAUGAACACAAUAUUUGAAAUGCGGCCUCACCAACGUCUUAUACAACUACAACAUGACCGACACACUUCUACAUGUUGUUUGGGAUAGAGCGUUUCUGCAUUUUCUGAAGGGCAUAGAGAGGUAAAUAGUGGGAACUAUUCUCCAGAGCACAGGUGUUUAAACAGAGGGCAUACAUUUAGCGUAAGGAGUAGAAGAUCCAGAGAGUUUGAAGGAAGAACUCAUUCAUCCAAAGGGAGUUUAGAAUGCAGAACGCACUGCUAGAGUGCGUGGUAGAAGCAAGAACUCUUGCAAUUAAAUACCUCAUUGCGUAUGUAAAUCUCAGAGGCUAGAUGCAUAUGAACCGGAGAAGAUAGAUAUGAGUAGGAAGGAGCUGCAAAUGCUGGUUUAAACUGAAGAUAGACACAAAAAUCUGGAGAAACUCAGCGGGGCAGGCAGCAUCUCCUGGAGAGAAUGAAUGGGUGAGGUUGAAGAAGAUAGAUAGAUAUGAACCAGGCAAAAAAGAUUCCUUACUGGUCAGCAUGGAUAUGGUGGGCCAAAGAGCCUCUGUGUGCUGUAUGGCUCUGACUAUUUGUUUUCUUGUCAAUAACCUUCUCUGGACCCUGACAUUAGAGACCAGGCUGAUAGUCCUUUUAAGGGCAUUGAUAAAGUAAAUCAAUGGGAAAUGAAUUGUAUUUGUUGAAUUACAUAUCAUAAAUAACCCCAAAGAACAGUAGUUUAAGCUGUUUAAAUUUGCUAAUCAAAUUGGAGUUUAUUCAAAGUAAUCAUUAAAAAAAAUAGUUAUUUAAAAAAAAUAAAAUUACAUUGACAGUCAUUUAUUCAUGAAAUUAUUUAAAAAAAUUAAAACAACUGUACAAAGGCUCCAUUUAUACUAUUAGAAAUUCAAUGGGAACAUUUGUUGGACACUUCAGUGGUGAGCAGAUUUGAGGAGUGACAUAUAAAUACACUACAGAUAUAAUUUUUCACUUUGCUUGUCUCUUCAAUCAGAGAACAUGAUUAUAAUCAACGUGAGAUUAAAAAAUGGUCUGACUAACUUUGGGGGGAAAUCAAGAAGAUUUUGUUUCAUUUCAGCAGUUUAUAAAGUUGUUGGAUUGAUGAGAAUUUUUGCAUUAUGGAUGUGAAAUAAUUUAGUUUCAGGAGGGUUUGUGAGUUAAGCCCAAAACAGGGCAAAUGGCGAUCUGGACAAAAUCCUGGUCAUCUGGCUUGUCCUCACCUAAUUCUAUGCUGCAGGUUCAGUUAGAAGUGUAACAUUACUUUUAUAAUAUAGGUAAUUCUGCUAUAAACACAUAUUUUCAUAACAUGAAUUGGAUAUAACGUGAUUGAUAAAUUAGGGAACACUAUUUGUAUUAUGUAGGCCAAAUUGGUAAUAACACUAUUUCUAUUGGGAACUAGAAAACCACUUAAAAGUUACUUUGGAAAUUUACGUUGAAUCAAAGCUGGCUUGGGAAAGGAACAGUCUAGGAAAAAGAAACGAUAUUAAAUACAUAAUAUAUAUAACUUUUAGAUCUUUUAGUUUGCAGUAACUAAAACUAAACAUAGCUAUUUAAAAAUAUAUUUUAUUUUUGAAAAUCCUAUAGGAGAAAUAACUUUAAUUGCAAAUCUAACCUCUCGUGUCUUUAACCACCCCUCUCCCAUUGACAUAGUUGCUUUUAUAACAUGAUUUUCUAUAACAUGAGGCUUCUUAGGAAUGCAACUAUGACAUUAUAAGAGAACAAUAUAUGAAGGUGGGAAUGGUUUCCAGGAAGAAAGAAAAUAAUCCAACUGGUUUUCUAAAUAUAUUUGUGGUAUGGCAAAGAUUUUUUUGUCAAUAACUGGGAAUAAAAUGUCUUGGGAGCAAAACACAAAUGUAUUCCUUGCAUUUUAGGCAAGCUAAGUUGACAGAUGGUAUUACAAAUAUUGCAUCCAUGAAGUAUGCAUCCUACACCAUCAGUGAUGCGUAAACAACCACCAUGUUGGAUGCAAUAAUAGAAAUUGUGUGGUAUUUCUGAGUGAUAUUGCAGGAAAUUUAGAAAUAGCUAAUUUUAUUACUAUAGGCCAGGACAUUUUAAUUCAUAAAUAGAAUGGGAAACUGGUUGGUAUUUUCACCUCAGCAUGAAUACUAUCUAAGGUGUACAUUUAAAAAAAUCUCACUAUGAUUGCAGGGUAUGUCUUUGUACACAGAGAACAGCAAUGGAAAAAUAUUUCACUCAGGUUUCUUUUAUAUGAAGGGUCCCAACCCAAUAUAAACUAUAGACAGAUCAUGUCAAUACACACAUCAAUACUUUUCACUCAAAUUGAGACGUCAUAAUUCUAGUAGGGUAAUUAUGAACCCCUUUUUAAUACUUAAACUCAUUCAUUGAUUUGUGACAGUUCCAAAUUUAUUUUGUAAAGACUGUUUUCACAUGCUGGUUAUAUCCAAAGAGAUUUUUUGGUACAAGCUAAAAUCAAAACUUCUUUAAAAAAAAAAAGAAAAAUCUACAUUUUUGGAAAGUAUAUCUAUUAUAUUUUUAAGUAAAUGUUAUCAAGUAAAGAGUACAAUCACUGAACCAAUGGAUCCUAAUGAUAAGACAAAUUCUAAGUUUGAGAAAAGGAAAAUGUUACGAUUGGAUAUAGAUUGAUAUUUAAAUUUCCCUUCCAUCAACUCUAGUCAAUGCACUUGAGGCUAAAGAAUUAUAUUAUUUUUUUUUAUAAUCCUUAAUUUUUUUCUAAAAAUCGAACUUGUAAAAGAGUUCUCUAUUGAAAGGGGGACAGAGCAGUGAAUACAUAAUUGAGCAUGUUGACAGCCAUUAUUUUAGCCUGUUCAUUUUUCAAAGGGUUGCAAAAAGCUUUGUUAUUGUCAAGAAUUUUGUAUGUAAAUGAAGUGUUGCUCUGUUUCGAUUGUUUUAUGCAAUCAGUAUGGGCUGUGGCAUUUUGUUGUCAAAAUGCAUUUUAAUGAAGUAUUUUGUGUAUGCAUUUGUAUUAUUACAAAACAUUAUACAUUGGAGUUGAUUUGCUGUCUGCCAUACUCUGUAAUGCUGAAAAUUACUCAACUACAUAAAGUUGUGUUUGAUUUGAUUGUGA